UCCACUGAAAAGCCCUGCUUUGCUCCAUGUCAGAUGUCCAAAGAUCUAGGCGCACCCCACUGUGUCUUCAGCCAGGCUGGAGAGAUGAAGAGGGCACAGUGAGACCCUCACGAGCUGCAAGAGAGAUCUGCAGACGCCCACGAAGCCCCUAGAGGUCAGUGGGAGAUGAGUUGCCAGACUCCAAGAAAGGGAAAAGAGACGGGCCUCUUCUAAGUGAUCCUUCCCAGGAGGGUGCCCCCUUUCUUUUCCAGGAUGGUGAGCAACAGGCUUUCUACGGGUCUGGGACGUGCCUGGAAGAUGCCAAGCGGCCAAAGGGAAAGAGCCUGAGCGCAGCCUGCGCGGGUCCCCGCGAGGCGGCGGCAGCAGCAGCAGCCGGAGCCGCCGAGAUGAACUGCAAGGAGGGAAGUGACAGCGGCUGUGGCUGUCGGGGCGACGGCGACAAGAAGAUGCUCAAGUGUGUAGUGGUCGGCGACGGUGCCGUGGGGAAGACCUGCUUGCUGAUGAGCUACGCCAACGACGCCUUCCCUGAGGAGUACGUGCCCACUGUGUUUGACCACUACGCAGUUACUGUGACGGUGGGAGGCAAGCAGCACUUGCUCGGACUGUAUGACACUGCAGGACAGGAGGACUACAACCAGCUGAGGCCACUCUCCUACCCCAACACGGAUGUGUUUUUGAUCUGCUUCUCUGUCGUCAAUCCUGCCUCUUACCACAAUGUCCAGGAGGAGUGGGUCCCAGAGCUAAAGGACUGCAUGCCUCAUGUGCCUUACGUCCUCAUAGGGACACAGAUUGACCUCCGGGACGACCCCAAAACCUUGGCCCGUUUACUGUACAUGAAGGAGAAACCCCUCACUUACGAGCACGGUGUGAAGCUGGCCAAAGCGAUCGGAGCACAGUGCUACUUGGAAUGCUCAGCCCUGACUCAGAAAGGUCUCAAAGCGGUUUUUGAUGAAGCCAUCCUCACUAUUUUCCACCCCAAGAAAAAAAAGAAAGGCUGCUCUGAGUGUCCCAGCUGCUGUUCUGUUAGCUGAGGUUGCCAGAGACCCGCCUCCACCCCAUCCGAGGCUGAGAAAGACAGCCAGUCUCUGCCACCCAGCUCGAGCCAAAAAAGAGAAGGCACGACCAGAAAGGAAUCUCCGCACCCCAAGUCCCGCUGCUCCUCCACCCCGCCAGUCCCCCCAGCACAGCUUCCUGCCAACCAGCGAGAGCGGCCACACCACACACUGUGAGAACGCUGGGCCAGAUUUCAAAGAGGGCGGCUGCUGAGCAGGGCGGAAAUACUCAAGACCACCUUGUACCUUACACCUCCCUUUCCACCACAAUGAUGAAGCGACUCGCAAUCAUGGCAGGAGAUCAAAGGGGGACUCUUCCUGCCUUGGCAGCCUUACUGAGGUCUUUUACAAAACCCGGGAAUACAAACACUAACCUUUAUUUUCUGAACCUCGUGUCUCACCCAGGCAUCUUAUAUUCAUUUAUAUUAUUGCAAGCAAUUUCCUAGCUUACAGUUUAUUCAGACCUUACAAACCAUAUUGAAGUAGCCUAAAGACAAGGUGGGUUUUCCUGCUUCAUGCUUGGAGCAGGUCUCUACCAAAGUUCUAAGAACCAACAUGGACCUCGGGAUGUCUGAUUAGAAGAAAACCUUGCAACUUUUGUGAAUUUAUAAAGCCAUGAUUUUUGGACCAGACUGAAAGAAAACACCAUCUGAAUUUUUGCAGCUCCGGAGUUUUGCCAAAGAGUCAGCCUGCGAAUGCGUCCUUCCAUUUCCCGUGUGGCAGGGCCAUGCUCACUAAAAAUGAACUGUGCGGAAGAAAGUGGUGUUUCUGCCUUCUGCCUAAACUGGUCAGGGCAGGAAUAUGGCAGAAGCUGUCUUCUAAAAUACUCUUUAUUGAGCAAAGCGGACUCUUCUGUUCUCUCACUUCUCCCUGGAAUGUCCGUACACUCUCUCAGUUUUAUACUUGCUCAAGAUGGCCCAACUCCUUGUCCUACCCAUAAUAACCGUACCCAAAAAAGAAGAAGGGUCUAGACAUUGGACGUGAAAGAGCAAGUGUUUCAGAGCCCUGAAAUGUCAAGCAAAGUGCCUCAAUUUUUCCUCUUGUUUAAACUGGCUUGCCAGUCUGGUUAAGUGGUUAAGUGGCCUUUUCUAGUUACAACCGGUAUUAACUCAUCAGCUCUCUCUUUUCCUUACUCAUUCUCCCAAGUGUCUAUUAAGGAACUAGAUUAGUAAGUACCAUUUUAAGAAUGACUGCUACAUAGAACAGAGAUUUUGUUCCUUGAACAGGAAAAAUGCCCAUUAAGGACCCAUGUGUCCUUUCCAUAAGACAGCUCCAAAUAUCCAAGAAUUCUUAGAUGAGAGUAAAUUACCUUCUAUGUUUUAA